GGCCAAUAACCUUUGACGAGCCCAGGACGACCAGUGGUAAGGCAUGGGCGGGGACCUCCAGGACGCCGAGGCCCUCGGGCAGAGCUUCAAGGUGCUCGAGCAGGCCCACGCCGGCGACUGCAAGAGCCCGGACCUCGCGGACCAGGUGGCCAACCACUCGGAGCCGACCGCGCACAACUACUUUUUCGAGCCGUACACGGCAGGCGCCUGGUCGCCGCAGCUCGUGCACAAGCAGAAGAUCCUGCCGUACCCGAGCGCGAUCGCGUCUGCGUACGACAAGAUGGUCUCGAGCUCCUUCUCGGGCCUCUUGCAGGAGCUGCACCAUGCGUGGGUCUCGGUCGACAACACGCUCUUUCUCUGGGACUACACGGCCGAGGCGACGCGCGUCGUGGUCUUUGAGGGCAUGGAGCAAGUCAUCUGCGCCGUGGGCAUUGCAACGCCGCUGCCUGGCGUCUUCAAGGCGUUUGUCAAGCACGUCUUGGUCGUUGCAACCGCGAGCGAGAUGCGCCUCCUCGUGGUCUUGCCCGACGCCGACGGCGGGCUGCGCCUGAGCGCGACCAAGCUCAGCAUCUCGACCGAUGACUGCAUCGUGCGCAAGAUCGUCUCCACACGCGAUGGCCGCAUCUUCUUUGGCGGCUCGGACGGGCAACUCCACGAAUUCGUCUACGACAGCGACGAAGGCAUGUUGCACCAGCUCGGCUGGAAGCGCCAGUGCCGCAAAGAGUCGCACGCGCAAUCACUGUCGCAGUACCUCCCGAGCUUCUUCCGGACGUUCACGAACGCGUCCGACGCGAUCGGCAAGGUCGUCGACAUGCGCAUCGACCACGAACGCCGAAUCUUGUACCUCGUGCAAGAGCCCGCCUUUGUAAGCGUCUACGACCUCGGCACGGACGCCGGCGCGGAGCUUGCGCUCAUUGCCUGCAAGAACCUCGAGACCGAGGCGUCGCGCUUCUGCCAGCGCAACCAGCGCAACCUCACGUCGUGCCCCGAGCCGCGGCUCUUUGCCACGACGUCGGUGUCGCUCACUGCCCUCUCGGUGGUCGCACGCGACGAGUCGGCCAGCACCCACGCGAUUGCAGUGAGCGCGACGGGCAUUCGCUUCUACCUCUCGACGUUCUCGCCCGGCUUCCUCUCGUCAGCGCUCAAGCGGCCAUCGGGGCUGGACCUGAUGCACAUUCGCCUUCCGCCACCGACCACCGUGCUCGCCGACGCGCCCGAGUACCACCGCACCGAAGGCCUCUCGCCGGCGCUGCUCCCGGGCAAGAGUCCGUCCCACGUGCACGCGGCCUAUUACCGGCACGGUGUCUUCUUAGCUAUCAACGGCGGUCCUGACGAAUACGACCAAGUGCUUGGGCUCACAAAGGACCUCACGGCGCGCCACGCGCAUGACGCCAACGCGUCGCUCAAGGUGCUCAUGCGCGAGUCGAUUGCGUGCGACUCGUGCCAAGGCAAGGUCAGCGCCGUCGAAGAGUUUGUGCCGCAGCUCGCAUCGCCACCACGUCCAUCGACGACGCUCAAUGGCAACGGCAAGCGGCCACACGCAUCGAGCGCCGUGGGUGUCGACGAGGCGCCCGUCAUGCGGUCCGAGCUCGUGACGCAGAUCGUCGAACCGAUGCGGCACUUUCUUGUCUUGACGAACGCCGGGUUGCACAUCUUCAAGAAGGUCCGGCCGAUCGACGAGCUCUUCCGUGUGCUCCAUGCGACCAAGGACGUCAAGAAGCAGCUGAGUCACUUUGUCAAGUGCUUUGGGUCGGCGGAAUCGUGCGCGAUGCUCUUUGCCAUCGCGUGCGGUGCACUCGCAUCCCAAGAUACGCUCUGGACCGACACGAUAGGCAUGAAGAGCGACGACCAUAUCGUGGCGAUGGCCAUGCAAGCGAUCUUUGACUUUGGCGGGUCGCCCAACGUCUCGAGCGGCGGCGUCCCGAGCUCCAACCACCGCUUUGUCAUGACGGACGACGUUGGCCUCUCGGCGCACCACGACGGCCUCGUGCUCUUUCUAUCCCGCUUGCUGCGUCCCAUGUGGCGAUUGCCGUCGGAGAAUGCACCGCUCGAGCGCGUCCGCAACGUGCUCUUUCGACUCCAGCAGGUCUUGGAGACACAUUACCGCGCGUCGCUUCAAGCCGCGGGGACGGCCGAUCCGUCGGCCGCGAAUGCGCUUACGCGCGAGCUCAUGGCGCACGUCCAAGAAACGACGCCGGCGAUCGUGCGCCAGGACAAUGCAAUGCGCGCCGAGCAAGCGUCGAUCCGGUGCCUGUACCUGUUCACGACGCGGUCGAUCCAAGCGCUGUCGCUGGUGCUGCUGGCGCCGACGCGGUCGCUGCCGCUGUCGCUGCCCGACCUUGUCACGACCUCGGCCGGGUUUGACGCACUCAAGGCGCUCCUCUCGCGCCUCACGCAAGGCCAGAACGACGCCAUGUUGGUGGCGUCGCUCCAGAAGCAGUGCCCGCUCUUCUUCAAGGACACGGACGCCGCGGCGUGUCACGGGUACCAGCAGCUGGAAGCGGCCGCAAGUUGUGCGACGGUGCAAGAUCGCACGGCGUGCCUGGAUCGGUCGCUGCAGCAUUUCACGCUCGCGGCCAAGAGCUGGAAGACGCCGACGCAUGUGCUCGACCUCGAGCGCAUCUGCGCGUCGUACUUUACGCUCGGCUAUCUCGACGGUAUUGUCGCCUUGGCCUUUGCGACCGCGCCGCACUUUGCCACGGACGACGACUCGCGCCGCAUCUGCUACGGCUACACGAUCCAGUGCGUUCAGUUCUUUGCGUCGACGACCAGCAACACGGCCGACGACGUGGGCAGCGUGUGCGCACAUGCCCCAACCGAGUGGCUGCCGCUCCCGGCGCGGGAAGCGUGCUUGACGUACUUGCUGCAGAAGCUCCUCUCGGUGCAAGACACGUACUACCACUCGGUGCUCUACAUGUGGCUCUAUACGAACGACGAACGCCAGCGCUUGAUUGCGCUGCCGGGCGCCAAGCACCGGCAGUCAGUCGAAGCAUUCCUCAAGGCCAAGGACGAAGACCUCCUCGUACAAAUGUACCUGGUGCAAAACCGGUACGUGGACGCAGCGCACGUGCUCUGGACGCGCGCGACGUCCACGCAGGAUCGUCGCCCGAUCAGCGACCGGAUCGAGCUCAUUUCGCGCGCCAAGAGCAUCCUCGCAGCGGCAAACGACCCGACAGCCACGAGCGCGCUGCAAGAAGUCACCGAGACGCUGCAUGUGCUCACGCUGCAACUUCACAUUUGGACGACGCUGCAGUCGUCGGUGCCGGCCGCCGACCUCGAGGCGCUGGCGACGACGAUUGUGGCGGUCUCGCCGCUGUACAACCAGUUUGCAGCCAAGUACAAGUUGUGGCCCGAGUGCCUUCGUAUCCUGUGCACGUGCCACUCCGAGGACAUGGCGACGAUCGAGACGUUGUGGAAGCGGCUCUUGUACUCGCUGAUCCCGACGUCGGUCGGCAACGAGACGUUCAACAAGUGGCUCUCGAGCACCUGCGACGCGCUCGACAUUGCGCCCAAGACGUCCGAGCACCUCGAGCAUGCUUCGUGGAUGAGCCAUGUCCAGGCCCAACUCUUGAGCCUCAAGGAGCUCUACCCGUCCAAGGCGUUUCCCGUCGAGCUCCUUCUCCACGAAAUCGAGCACGCGUGGAUGUGGUAUCGUAAAGUGACGGGCGUCGCCACGGCGCGGCCGUGGAUCGCCGGUCUCUUUCUGGACGCCGGUGUGUCGUACGCGGUGCUCUUUGGCGCGUACAUGAGCUUGUACCAGCACCCGUCGCCGUCGCCUUGGCGCCUCCAUGUGCUCGAGAGCCUGUACCAGCUCGUGAUCAACUGGCUCGGCGUCAUUCGCGGUGUCGCGCCCCGCGACCUCCAGCUUGAGUUUGCGACCGCGACGCCCGUGCUCACGAGUGCGUGCGACGAUAUUGUUGUGGAUCUCCAAGGCCUCUUGCGCGACAACGACCCGAAAAAAACCGAGCUCGUCGGGCUCUUUCGACGACUCAAGCUCGACAUCUCCACGACCAAGUCGACGUAUGCAUAAACCUAACCCCACACUUCAAAUGCUCGAGUACUAGUA